UCUUCGGUUUACAGUGUUUCAAGCAGCGGAUUUACUGGAGAAAUGAACUGAUAAUUUCCCAGGAAUCGGAGUAUAGAUUAAGAGUAUAAAGGCUUUGGUGUCUGGUUUGGGGAUUCUGGGGCUUUGAUACGGCAAUCUGUGUUGGAUUUGAAAGGGGAAGAUGCCUCCUGUUGAUAGGAUAUGUCAUUUGCCUGACGCACUACUGUUGAGAAUACUGUCAGAACUGCCUACUGCCAAAGAUGUUGUGGCCACAAUGGUUUUGUCAAAACGGUGGGAGCCUCUUUGGAAGUCAGUGUCAAAACUUGUAUACGACGAUAGCUACCGGAAUAUUGAUGAUGUUGGAAGGUUUACCCGCUUUGUGGAUAGGUCUUUGAUUCUGCACGAGGCACCGGUAGAAACUUUGCAUUUCAAACUUACCCAAAAGUCUCUUGCGGUUGAUAUUGGAGUAUGGAUUGCAAUUGCAGUUAAAUGCAGUGUGCGUGACCUGGUUAUAGAUAUUGACUGUCCAGCCAUACUUCCAAGGAGUUUAUAUAGAGGCUCUAAAAUGCUUGUUUCGUUGAAACUAAAGAGUGCGACUCUUAUGGAUGUUUCUUCCUUGCCUUCUUUCUUGACCCUUAAAACUUUGAGCCUUGUAUCUGUCAAGUACCCAGGUGAUGAGUUUGUUAGGCAGCUUUUGUCCAGUUGUCAUGUUCUUGAAGAUUUGGUUGUGGAACAAUGCCUCCAUGACAAUGUGACCAUUUUCACUGUUAAGGUUCCUUCUCUCAAGAGUGCAUUGUUGCAUAAAUCAGCAGGACGAUCUACAGAAGGUGAAGAUGGAUUUGUGAUAGAUGCUCCUUCUUUGGAGUACUUGGACAUCUUUUAUAAUAAAGUUGGGUUUUGUGUCAUUGAGAAUGAUAUGCCUAAUCUUGUUAAGGCAGAUGUUGUCGUCUCUUAUAGUUCCCCUGGUGUGACUCUGAGUUCUUUUACUUCAGCAAAGCGUCUCUUUAUCUGUUUACCAAACUCAAAGGACGCAUAUUCCGUUGGUACUGUCUUCCACCGUCUUGUACACUUGAGAAUAUGCACAUGUGAGACAGAGUGGUUGAAUCUACUUAUGCGUUUACUCAAUGAUUCCCCUAAUUUACGGCAUCUCAAAUUUCAAAAGUGCCAUGAGAUUGAAGGCACACGCCCCUGCUGGAAUGACCCGAGCUCAGUUCCUGAAUGUCUGUCAUCGAGUCUAGAAACUCUUGAAUGGGUAGGAUAUCAAGGAAGUAAAGAAGAGAAAGAAGUAGCUACAUUCAUAUUAAGAACCGGAAGUUGUUUGAAGAAAGUAACUAUAAUUACCCCUAAGUCCAGUGACUCGGACAAGAAACUUGAGAUGCUCAGGGAGUUGUCCUUGUCCUUCAGGCGUUCACCUACAUGUCAGCUUGUAUUCGACUGAACUUGCGCUCAGUAGACAAAGUUGGGUUGUGUUAGAUCCCUUAUCUUAUUAAUGUUAAAAAAACGCUUAGAGCUUAGAGGACUUCUCCAUGCUUUGUGUUGUGUUUGUGCAAAGAUUGCUCCUAUCUAUCAUGUUUUUAAAUGUGGUUUUGCUGUUGUAGCAACCUGUUU